UUUGGGAAGGAGAGAGGACGGAGGAGGCAGAGAAGGAGGUAGUGAAGGAGGCGAGGAGGCGAUAAGGACAUCUCCACAGUAGGUAGUGCCAUCAUACUGAAGCAGGUGUCCAACAUGGCGAACGCAGGCUGCAGCUCUCUGGCGACUAUUCUCUUUUUAUUCCUCUUUCAGGCGGCUCUUCGACAAGGAGCUGCACAGAUUCCAGUGGUGAGCCAGAACCUGGUGACGGACAACGUGUCGGUGGUGGAGGGCGAGAUGGCCAUCAUCAGCUGCCGGGUGAAGGACAACGACGACUCGGUCAUCCAGCUGCUCAACCCCAACAGACAGACCAUCUACUUCAGAGACAUGAGGCCUCUAAAAGACGCCCGCUUCCAGCUGGUCAACUUCUCCGACAACGAGCUGCGGGUGUCCCUGUCCAACGUGUCGCUUUCGGACGAGGGCCGCUACGUGUGCCAGCUGUACACCGACCCCCCACAGGAGGCCUACGCUGACAUCACCGUGCUGGUUCCUCCAGGCAACCCCAUCAUCGAUGCCCGCGAUGAGGUUCUGAGCGAGGGCAACGAGACGGAGAUGACCUGCAGCGCCAUGAGCAGUAAGCCUGCCGCAACCAUCAGAUGGAUGAAGGGCGAUAAGGAGCUGCCAGGAAAGCCCAAGGUGGAGCUAACGUACGACAGGAUGUACACGGUGACCAGCCGGCUCACGUUCACCGUCAACAAGGAGGACGACGGCGUACCCGUGGUUUGCAUCGUGGACCACCCUGCGGUCAAGGACUUCCAAGCACAGAAGUACCUGGAAGUGCAGUACAAACCCGAGGUUAAGAUCAUGGUGGAGUUUCCUCAGGGUCUGACGAGGGAAGGAGAGAACCUGGAACUAUCGUGUCAAGCCAAAGGCAAACCUCAGCCACAGCGAGUCAACUGGGUGAAAGUGGACGACGACGUGCCGUCCCACGCCGUCAUCACCGGCGCCGACCUUUACAUCGAGAACCUCAACAAGUCCUACAAUGGAACCUACCGCUGCGUGGCGGCCAACUCGCUGGGGGAGUCUUUCGACGAGUACAUCCUCUACGUCUACGAUGCUCCCACCACUACCCCUACACCCACCUCAGCCACCACCACCACCACCUCCAUCACCACCACCUCCUCCUCCUCCUCCCACCACCCUGCAGCCAGCCAAGACACCACGCCCAGCACUGAACCUGCAGCUCAUGAUUCUCGAGCCGGAGAAGGAGCCCCCAGAACGGUGGACCACGCAGUGAUCGGAGGAGUCGUAGCCGUGGUGGUCUUCGCCAUGCUGUGUCUACUCAUUGUCUUGGGACGCUACUUCGCAAGGCACAAAGGUACCUACUUCACGCACGAAGCCAAAGGGGCGGACGACGCCGCCGACGCCGACACGGCCAUCAUCAACGCCGAGGGGGGCCACACCAACUCCGACGAGAAGAAGGAGUACUACAUCUAAUCAAAGCAGGACACCCCCCCCCCCCCCCCGCCCCCACCCGCGUCUUUUAGUGUCCACUUUAUCGGACACGGCCCUUUCUGGAGGUAGGGGGCGGGGGAGGGGCAUGGAGGGAGGGAGUUGGGGGUUUUUGAGAGGAGAUCCAAGAUGGAAGGAAAGACACAGUUCUUUUGUCUAGUCUAGUCCGCAGAUGUAGGUGGAAUGUUUUUGUGUGUUUCAAAAAAAAAUAAAUAAUAAUAAUAGUAAUCAAAAACGGACAGUUUUUAGGAAGCGGGCGGGGGUGGGGGUGCCAGAAAUCACUGUAGAGCGCUUCUUCACCGCCCUCCCUCUAAGCCACACCUUUUUUCCCCCCGCCCCCUUGUUGUCCAGUCCAAACAUUUUUGCAGAAAAUUCCGUGCCUUGUUCGGGUUUUUAUUUUAUUUUAUUUUAUUAUUUUUUUUUUGUCGUCGUGUGUGCAUAAUAACCCCGCCCCCUUCCCCGUUGUGGUGUUUCCGUCACCAGGGUUUCAAGGUGAGGCGACUCCUCCCCUAAACGUGUCGCCUGCGUACCAAGACUCCAGUAUACUGUGAUGACAAAUGCAUGGAAUGCUUUACCAUUAUUGUACAUAAUAAUGAAGAAGUGAUGGGACUUGUAGAUGCCCCGCCCCCUUAAGAUCAACAACACCCGUUUUAGGCAGCAAAAAACGAGCGUUUUAAAACCCCUCCUUUUCUUAAACCGACACGUUCGCGGUCAUUUCCGCCGAGUACAUUUUCGAUUCAGGGGUUGUUUUUUUUUCUUUGUUUGCCGGUAAGAAGGCAAAAAUAGGUUGACGUUAAAAAGUUUUGUUUCGAAAAAUGGCCGCCCGAUCGUCAUCUCACAAUUCGUACAAAAGUAAAUAGCGAGUCGUUGUAUUAUACACAAAUCCUUACGACAAACUAUUUUUUACAGAUUGCUAGAAAUACAACGGCUAUGGUGAUUAUUAUUGUUGUCAUUGUAAUUAUUGUUAUUGUCGUCAUGCUCAUUUUCCAUUUUAAUUCGAUCAAUUUUUGCUCACAUCGUUAUAGUUUCGCUCACAUCAUCGUACACAUUUUUUUACGUUUUUUUUUUUUUUACGAAGCUUAGACGAUUGCCAAAAGUCAUAAGUCAUAAAUCGAACUUUAAUACGCGAGAAGGCACCAGCUUCCGAAUGUCACCAAAUCAAACGUGUUAUCGUAGAAUGCCGAACAAAUCUUGACCAUCUUGUUAUUCGGAAAAUCGCACCGGACUCUAAUUUGGCAUCGGCUGUUGUAGCUGAUGAGCAUGUUUCUCCAAAUGUUGUCUUCUUUUGGAAAGAGAAAAACGUACUUAUUUGUUGUAUUUCCAGAAAAAAAAUUGCAAAAUUCUAAAGCGUUUUAUUGGACGGCGUUAUUUUGCGGCAGUUGUGGGCUGCUUGAAACUUGAAAACAUCGUAACGAAGCAAGAGCGGAAAAGGCCCAAAAAAUGCGUUAAAAAAUGUUUUGUGUUAUUUUACGUAAAUUAGAUAAAAAUACCAUUGAAGUUAAACAAUAAAGUGUGGCUUUUUUAAUUUUCUACAUGUUUGUAGAAUAGAUCGGAAUAAAAAGACAAAAUUCGUAGCACAAUUUGAAGGUGCAUUUUUUACAUAUUUCGGAAUACAAGAGAAAAACACUGUAAAUUCUGAGGACACAAAAUCUGCGAAAAAAAAGUUACAUUUGGCAAUACGUGAUAAACAUUAAAAAAAAAAUUAAAUUCUGUAGGUAACAAAAACUUUUUUUUUUUCAGAUUAAAAGAAAGAAAAACUGAAAAUUUGAAGAUAAGAGUAACAUAGAAAAGUAACAUUUAUUUGGCGAUACAUGUUUCACAUAUUUUAAAUUAAAAAGAAAGAACACUUUUGAAAGUUCAAAGUAACACAAACAUUGGGAAUGAAAUCGAGAAGUAUGUUUUGCGCAUUUCAGAUUAGAAGAAAGAAAAACUGUAAAUUUGAAAAUAACACAAAAUCUAAAAGAAGUAUUUGGCGAUACGUGUUUCACAUAAUUCAGAUUAAAAGAAAGAAAACUUGAAACUUCAAAGUAAUACAAAAAUGUGAUUUUUUUUUUCGAGAAGUAUGUUUUGCGUAAUUUGGAUUAGAAGAAGAAAAAAAUUCAAAAUUUGGUGUUAACCAGAAAUUUUCGGAAAAAUAAAAUUUGGAAAUACAUAGGCGCCAGCGCCCCCCGCGACCCCAAAAGGGAAUAAGCGGUAGAAAAUGGAUGGAUGGAUGUUUCACAUGUUUCGGGUAAAAAGGAAAAUAUUUUUUAAACUUCGUAAGCAACAAAACAAUUUGAAUAUUUUUUUCUGAGUUUUGUUUUACAUUUUUUCAGAUUAGAAGAAAAACUGUAAAUUAGAAAAUAACACAAAAUCUGAAAAAAGUAACAUGUUUCACAUUUUUCAAUAAAAAAACGUUUGAAAGUUUGGGGAAAACUAUUUUAAUUGUUCUGUAAUUUUACGAGGUAUUUUUGAUUUUUUUCAGAUUAGAAGAAAACCUGUAAAUUUGAAAAUGACACAAAAUCUGGAAAAAGGAACAUUUGGCAACACACGUUUUACAUAUUUCAGAUUAAAGGAAAGGAAACUUUUGAAACUUUUUAAGUAACACAAAAAAUUGAAUACUUUUUUAAAUUAUGUUUUAAAUAUUUUAGAUUAGAAGAAAGAAAAACUGAAAAUUUGAAGAUAACACAAAAUAUGAGGAAAAAAGUAACAUUUGGCAUUACAUGUUUCACAUAUUUCAGAUUUAAAAAAAGAAAACUUUUGAAACUUCAAAGUAAUACAAAGAUUGGAAGAUUUUUUUCGAGAAGUACGUUUUGCGUAUUUUGGAUUAGAAGAAAGAAACAUUUUGAAUUCGGUGAAAACCUGAAAAUUUUGAAAAAAAUAACAUUUGGAGGUACAUGUUUUACAUCUUUCGGAUAAAAAGAAGGAACAUAUUUUAAACUUAAUAAGUAACACAAAAAUUAUGUUUUAUUUUUUUAAGAUUAGAAGGAAAACUGUACAUUUAAAGAUAACACAAAAUCUGAAAAAAAAGCUUUUGGUGAUGCAUGUUUCACAUAUUUCAGAUUAAAGGAAAGGAAACUUUUGAAACUUCAAAAUAACACAAAAUGGGAAGAUUUUCUUCGAGAAGUACGAUUUGCGUAUUUUGGAUUAGAAGAAAGAAAAAUUUUGAAUUCAUUGAUAACCUAAAAUUUUAGGGAAAAAUAACUUUUGGAGAUACAUGUUUUACAUGUUUCGGAUAAAAAGAAGGAACAUUUUUGAAACUUAAUAAGUAACACAAAAGUAAGAUCCCCCCCGAGUUAUUUUUAAAAAAUAAAUUAAGAUUAGAAGAAAAACUGUAAAUUUGAAGAUAACACAAAAUCAGAACAAAAUAACAUUUGGCGAUGCAUGUUUCACAUAUUUCAGAUUAAAGGAAAAGAAACUUUUGAAACUUCAAAGUAACACAAAAAUCGUAAGAUUUUCUUCGAGAAUCACGUUUUGCGUAUUUUGGAUUAAAAGAAAGAAAAAUGCUAAAUUCGGUGAUGACCUACAAAUUUUAGAAAAAAUAACAUUGCGAGAUACAUGUUUUACAUGUUUUGGAUAAAAAGAAGGAACAUUUUUUAAACGUAAUGAGUAACACAAAAAUAUGUUUGGUUUUUUUCCGAGUUAUGUUUAAAAAAAUUAAGAUAAGAAAAAAAACUGUACAUUUAAAGAUAACACAAAAUAUGAAGCAAAAAAACAUUUGGCGAUACAUGUUUCAAUUAUUUCAGAUUAAAGGAAAGGAAACUUUUGGAACUUCAAAAAAACAUAAAAAUCGUAAGAUUUUCUUCGAGAAGUACGCUUUGCGUAUUUUGGAUUAAAAGAAAGAAAAAUGCUAAAUUUGGUGAUAACCUAAAAUAAGAAAAUAAAAAAAUUUGGAGAUACAUGUUUUACAUGUUUCGCAUAAAAAGAAGGAACAUUUUUUAAACUUAAUAAGUAACACAAAAAUAUGAUUUUUUUUUCCGAGUUACGUUUAAAAAAAUUAAGAUCAGAAAAAAAACUGUACAUUGAAAGAUAACACAAAAUCUGAAAAAAGUAACAUUUGGCGAUACAUGUUUCACACAUUUCAGAUUAAAGGAAAGGAAACUUUUGAAACUUCCAAGUAACACAAAAAUUGGAAGAUUUUCUUUGAGAAGUAAGUUUUGCGUAUUUUGGAUUAGAAGAAAGAAACAUUUUAAAUUCGGUGAUAACCUAAAAUUUUUGAAAAAAUAACAUUUGGAGAUACAUGUUUUACAUGUUUUGAAUUUAAAAAAAAUAAAUAAAUAAAACUUCGUAAAUAAGUAUUUUGUUCAAGAAAUAUUUAGGAUUACUCGAAAUAAAAACACAAACUACGAGGUAAAAGUAAAAAAUGUCGAGAUACGUCUUUUUUAUUUCAGCUAAAAUAGAAGCAAACUCUCUGGAAUCGUGGCAAUAAAACAAUAACGAUUAUUUGUAAGUUUUUCUCAUAAAAAGAUGUUCAAAAUUUAGAUUAGCAUGCGUUUGGAAUAAAAACAACUAAAAUUGUGACAUAACACAAUAUUCUUAUUUGCAGGUGGAUAUUGAUUCCUCAGACCAGUAAUAUAAAAUCAAAAUGCUUGUUUUAUAUUAUUCGUAAAAAAAAUUGAAAAUUAAUUAAGCACUAAUUUGAAAAUAGCUAAAAAAAUAAUAAUAAUAUAUAUCUCAAAGUAAAAUGGCUGACAGUGGCGUUAUUACGUCCGGCGUGUUACUGGGAAAUGAUUACUUUUUGCUGACUGUGCGGACACGUUCACCACUUCGUACUUUACUCGUGUUUUGGGGAAGUUUGGUCAUUACGUAUGAUAGCUUUAACUCAUCGUCACACAACGCCCGACUUUUUACCUUCGAGUCGUGCACUUUUCCGAUAAGGAGUUUUAACUCUCUACGCCGUUUUUUUGUGUUUGUUACGUGCUUGCGAGGUUCGGGUAACGGUUUGAUGUUUGAAGGUUUUUUUUGGGGUCCGGUAAUGUCCGAUAUAACAAUUAUUAUUAUUAUUAUUAUUAGCUACGUUUUUAUCGUUGCUUUACGAGAAUCACGAUCUGUCUUUUUGAGCGCGAGCGCACAUGACAGCUUCCAUUUGAAACGACUACGUCUUGACGACGACAUUCGAAAACCGAUCAAUUCAAACCAAAUUCCCCCGAUAUCGGAGAAUUUUUGUAUUGUUUGCUUAUUUUUUUUUCCCGCACGUACAGUUGGAAAAGGGGCGUUUACGACCCUGUUUCUGGGCGGAUCUCGCAUGGGUUGGUUGAUCAUUUCGCAAUGCAAUCUGCAGAAAAUGAUGAAAAGCGCCACUCCACACGCUGUGGUCAGAGUUGGGAUUGCCACAAAAAAAAACAUUUUGAGAUAUUCGACACUCUACUGCCAUCUGGCGGCUAAAUUGAAUAUUAGGGGUUUUAUUUUUAUUUUUUAUUUUUUUUUCAAAUUAAUCGCGAUUGUUAUGUGUAACGGUUCUGAAUCAAUUAAAAAAAAAUCCCCCCAAAAAAUGUUAAUUUAAUUUUUUUGAGCUGUUUAUCUAUCCUAUGGAGGAACGUAGUUAAUCCUAGAACUAGCACCCAAUGUUACUAAAAAAGUUUUGAUUUUGAAUCGAGAAUCCUUUUAAGUCGAGAAUCGAUUCUGAAUCGAAUCGUUACCCCCCAAAAAACAAAUCUAUUGAAUCGUGUGGUGCCAAAUAUUCACAGCCCUAGUGGAUAGUGCACCCUUUAUUCGUCACGUUUCGUGUGUCAGGUAAAUGCUGACGAAUUGCGCCAUACUGUAUUUCGAAUCAAGAAUCAUUUUUUAAAUCGUGAAUCGAUUCUGAAUCAAAUGGUUUGCCCCCAAGAUUUGUAUUGUGUGGUGCCCAACUAUUCACAGCCCUAGUGGAUUGUGCGCCCUUUAUUCGUCACGUUUCGUGUGUCAGGUAAAUGCUGACGAAUGGCGCCAUACUGUAUUUGGAAUCAAGAAUCAUUUUUUAAAUCGAGAAUCGAUUCUGAAUCAAAUUGUUUGCCCCCAGGAAUUGUAUUGUGUUGUGCCCAACUAUUCACAGCCCUAGUAGAUUGUGCGCCCUUUAUUCGUCACGUGUCGUGUGUCAGGUAAAUGCUGACGAAUGGCGCCAUACUGUAUUUGGAAUCAAGAAUCGUUUUUACUCGAGAAUCGAUUCUGAAUCAAAUUGUUUGCCCCCAAGAAUUGUAUGGUGUGGUGCUCAACUAUUCACAGCCCUAGUGGAUUGUGCGCCCUUUAUUCGUCACGUGUCGUGUGUCAGGUAAAUGCUGACGAAUGGCGCCAUACUGUAUUUGGAAUCAAGAAUCGUUUUUACUCGAGAAUCGAUUCUGAAUCAAAUUGUUUGCCCCCAAGAAUUGUAUUGUGCGGUGCUCAACUAUUCACAGCCCUAGUGGAUGGUGCGCCGUUUGUUCGUCACGUUUCGUGUGUCAGGUAAAUGCUGACGAAUGGCGCCAUACUGUAUUUGGAAUCAAGAAUCAUUUUUUAAAUCAAGAAUCGAUUCUGAAUCAAAUUGUUUGCCCCCAAGAAUUGUAUGGUGUGGUGCUCAACUAUUCACAGUCCUAGUGGAUAGUGCGCCGUUUAUUCGUCACGUGUCGUGUGUCAGGUAAAUGCUGACGAAUGGCGCCAUACUGUAUUUGGAAUCAAGAAUCGUUUUAAAUCGAGACUCGAUUCUGAAUUAAAUUGUUUGCCCCCAAGAAUUGUAUUGUGCGGUGCUCAACUAUUCACAGCCCUAGUGGAUGGUGCGCCGUUUAUUCGUCACGUUUCGUGUGUCAGGUAAAUGCUGACGAAUGGCGCCAUACUGUAUUUGGAAUCAAGAAUCGUUUUUACUCGAGAAUCGAUUCUGAAUCAAAUUGUUUGCCCCCAAGAAUUGUAUGGUGUGGUGCUCAACUAUUCACAGCCCUAGUGGAUUGUGCGCCCUUUAUUCGUCACGUGUCGUGUGUCAGGUAAAUGCUGACGAAUGGCGCCAUACUGUAUUUGGAAUCAAGAAUCGUUUUUACUCGAGAAUCGAUUCUGAAUCAAAUUGUUUGCCCCCAAGAAUUGUAUUGUGCGGUGCUCAACUAUUCACAGCCCUAGUGGAUGGUGCGCCGUUUGUUCGUCACGUUUCGUGUGUCAGGUAAAUGCUGACGAAUGGCGCCAUACUGUAUUUGGAAUCAAGAAUCAUUUUUUAAAUCAAGAAUCGAUUCUGAAUCAAAUUGUUUGCCCCCAAGAAUUGUAUGGUGUGGUGCUCAACUAUUCACAGUCCUAGUGGAUAGUGCGCCGUUUAUUCGUCACGUGUCGUGUGUCAGGUAAAUGCUGACGAAUGGCGCCAUACUGUAUUUGGAAUCAAGAAUCGUUUUAAAUCGAGACUCGAUUCUGAAUUAAAUUGUUUGCCCCCAAGAAUUGUAUUGUGCGGUGCUCAACUAUUCACAGCCCUAGUGGAUGGUGCGCCGUUUAUUCGUCACGUUUCGUGUGUCAGGUAAAUGCUGACGAAUGGGGCCGAAUUGGAUUUUGAAUCAAAGAAUCGUUUUAAAUCGAGACUCGAUUCUGAAUUAAAUUGUUUACCCUCCAAGAAUCUAAUUGUGCGGUGCCCAAAUAUUCACAGCCUUUGUGGAUAAUGCACCCUUUAUUUGUCAUGUUUCAUGUGUCAGGUAAAUGCUGACGAAUGGGGCCAAAUUGGAUUUUGAAUCAAAGAAUCGUUUUAAAUCGAGACUCGAUUCAGAAUAAAAUAGUUUUCCCCCAAGAGUCAUAUCGUGCUGACGAAUGGGGCCAAAUUGUGAAGUGAUGUGAAGUGAAUUAUAUUUAUAUAGCGCUUUUUCUCUAGUGACUCAAAGCGCUUUACAUAGUGAAACCCAAUAUCUAAGUUACAUUUAAACCAGUGUGGGUGGCACUGGGAGCAGGUGGGUAAAGUGUCUUGCCCAAGGACACAACGGCAGUGACUAGGAUGGCAGAAGCGGGAAUCAAACCUGCAACCCUCAAGUUGCUGGCACGGCUGCUCUACCAACCGAGCUAAACCGCCCCAAAUUGGAUUUUGAAUCAAAGAAUCGUAUUAAAUCGAGACUCGUUUCAGAAUAAAAUAGUUUUCCCCCAAGAGUCAUAUCGUGUGGUGCCCAAAUAUUCACAGCCUUUGUGGAUAAUGCACCCUUUCUUUGUCACUUUUUGUGUGUCAGGUAAAUGUUGACGAAUGGCGCCAUACUGUAUUUUAUACCAAAGAAUCUUUUUAAAUCGAGAAUCGAUUCUGGAUUAAAUGUUUGCCCCCGGGAAUCAAAUCGUGUGGUACCCAAAUAUUCACAGCCCUAGUGGCUAGCGCGCCCUUUAUUUGUCACGUUUCGUGUGUCAGGUAAAUGCUGACUAAUGGGUCCAUACUGGAUUUUGAAUCAAAUAAUCGUUUUUAAUCGACACUCUAUUCAGAAUCUAAUUGUUGCCCCCAGGAAUCGAAUUGUGUGGUGCCCAUAUAUUCACAGCCCUAGUGGCUAGUGCACCCUUUAUAUGUCACGUUUCAUGUGUCGGGUAAAUGCUGACGAAUGGCGCCAUACUGUAUUUUGAAUCAAAGAAUCGUUUUAAAUCAAGACUCGAUUCUGAAUCAAAUUGUUUUCCCCCAAGAAUUCAAUCGUGCGGUGCCCAAAUAUUCACAGCCUUUGUGGAUAAGGCACCCUUUAUUGGUCACGUUUCAUGUGUCGGGUAAAUGCAGAUGAGUGGGGCCAUACUCUAUUCCUGUAUUUUGAAUCAAGAAUCGUUUUUACUUGAAAAUCGAUUCUAAAUCAAAUUGUUUCCCCCCCAAUAAUCGAAUUGUGCGGUGCCCAAAUAUUCACAGGCCUAGUGGCUAGUGCACUUUUUUAUUUUUCAUGUUUCGUGUGUCAGGUAAAUGCUGACAAAUGGGGCCAUACUGUAUUUUGAAUCAAGAAUACUUUUUAAAUUGAGACUCUAUUCAGAAUCAAAUUGUUGCCCCCAGGAAUCGAAUCAUGUUGUUCCCAAAUAUUCACAGCCCUAGUGGCUGGUGCACCUUUUAUUUGUCACGUUUCAUGUGUCAGGUAACUGCUGACGAAUGGGGCCAUACUGGAUUUUGAAUCAAAGAAUCGUUUUAAAUCGACACUCUAUUCAGAAUCAAAUUGUUGCCCCCAGGAAUCGAGUCAUGUUUUUCGCAAAUAUUCACAGCCCUAGUGGCUAGUGCACCUUUUUAUUUUUCACGUUUCAUGUGUCAGGUAACUGCUGACGAAUGGGGCCAUACUGGAUUUUGAAUCAAAGAAUCGUUUUAAAUCGAGACUCUAUUCAGAAUCAAAUUGUUGCCCCCAGGAAUCGAAUCAUGUUGUUCCAAAUAUUCACAGCCCUAGUGGCUAGUGCACCUUUUAUUUGUCAUGAUUCAUGUGUCAGGUAACUGCUGACGAAUGGGGCCAUAUUGUAUUCCUGUAUUUUGAAUCAAGAAUCCUUUUUACUCGAGACUCGAUUCUGAAUCAAAUUGUUUUCCUUCAAAAAUCAAAUAGUUUUGAUAGUGCGCCCUUUAUUCGUAAUGUUUCGUGUGUCAGGUAAAUGCUGACGAAUAGCGCCAUACUGGAUUUUGGAUCAAAGAAUCGUUUUUCAAUUGAGACUCGAUUCUGAAUCAAAAAAUUUCCCCCCAAGAAUUGAAUAGUUUUGAUAGUGCGCCCUUUAUUUGUCACGUUUCGUGUGUCAGGUAAAUGCUGACGGAUGGCGCCAUACUGGAU